AUGGUCGGCAAGGGCAAGGACACGGCGCGGGACCCUCCCAAUCCGACACCGGCCUUCAACGUCGAUAUGCUGCAGCAAAUGAUUGCUGCUCUGCAACUAGUUGUCGACCGUGACGAAGAUCGACGGUUGUGGGACGCGGUCGGGCCUCCGCCCCCCGAGCCUACCAUCAGUUCGGAUUACGAAGAUAUGGGGGGCGCGGAUAACCAAGUACAACCGGGCGCCAGCAUGCAGCAAGGUACCCUGCCGACGUCUUCUCAGCCGGCUUGCGACCCCGCAGCUGUCGCUCAGUUGGCGCCUGUGCUGGCCCGCUCGGCCUCUCCGAGUCCAACGCCGCACGCACAACCGCAGCAUCUUACGAUCGCAGCGGUGUUAAUGACCAUGGUCACCGCUACGACGAUGACAUGGAUGACGGCCAUGGCGAGUGCAGUGGGCACUAUGGGCGUGGCGGACGUGGCGGGUGUGGGUCAGGUGGCGGGCCCAGCGGACACGGCGGACAUGGCCACGGCGGACACGACGGACAUGGACACGGCGGACACGGCGGACACGGCGGUGACAGUGGGCCUGGUGGGUGCGGUGGACAAGGCGGGUGCGGCAGGUGCGGAGGGCAUGGCGGGCAUGAUGGCCAAGGUACUCGCGAUCCCGAGGGUUCUGGGCUUGGAGCCCGCUACUACGCCGUGA